AUGAAUUCCUUCAAUUACGUCUGUGAUAACGAAUCAAAACCAUGCAUUUUGGAAAGCUGCUUUGAUAAAAACAGUUUGUCUAUACAAGUGGAAAGAGCCGUAAAUCAGCUAGUUGAUUCUGCUUGGGAUGACGAGGACGAAGAAAGUGACGUAUUAUUGGCUGUAUUUAUCAACACGGUGAAGAAAGAGAACUUUACCUUGACUGCGGAACAACUUGCAGAACUUAUAGAUUGCAAACCAAUUCAGGAAGAUUCAAGCGCAAAUCUAAUUUUCAAUGAAUUGAAUUGCCAAAUUGCCCCAUGCCGUUGUCGAGAAGUUGUUAGUAGAAUGUCAAUUGUACUGAGUUUUGGAGUCGUCGAACUAAAAUGUCACGAGAGGCCAAGUAGUAUAAGAUUAUCAGAGAUAUUGGAUCAGCUACAACCACUUACCAGAGUUGCGGAUAAGGACGACGGUAUGAAAUACUUUCUUCAGAAAAUUUUGACCUACAGCAUUAGCACCAAAGCAUCGGACUUAAUUUCAAAGGUAAUUCAGAUAUGUCCACCUCAAGUGGAUCUAAUGAUAGACAAAAUAAUGAAUUCGGAGUUGUCAGAAUCCGAUAUGUUGCUUGAUAAUGAAAACUUCAAUCAGCUUACAGCGAUUAUUGAUUUACCAAAAGUUUUCGAACGCGUCAGUAUACGUCUAGCGCAACUAAAUUUUAAUUUAAGCCAAAAAUCUCAAAUUUUGUUAAACGCGCUUAUAAAAUUUCUCAGAUCAAAGAAUUCAAAGAAACAUUUUUUGAAUUUAUAUCCCUUAGAAUUACGUCCAAUUGCGACUGUAUUGAAUGAAGCAAUACAUGCUGAGGAUGAACUUCUACUUAGUUUAAUUAAUUCUGUGAAAGUUGAGUCACAUACAAAUUUUAUUAUUUUAGUAACUCAUUUUCCACUCUUCGCACAUCUUUUAUCGCAUACGAACUAA